AUGGAAAACGCUGGAUCGAAUCCGAAACAAUGGUGGUCUAUGGGGAUGGUAUUUAAGGAUAGAUUGGUGUGUCAAUAUCAAAGAGCAUCAGGAACUUCAAGUGGAUUUUGGUAUGGAGAUAGUCCUUUAAAUUAUCCUACUCCAUUGGUUUUGAUGCAAAUUUCAAUCAUUUUCAUCUUCACACGAAGUGCUUAUUUCGUUCUUCAGCCUCUGCGCCAAAGUAUGACUGUCGUCCAGAUUGUUGCAGGAAUCAUAAUAGGUCGAUCAUUAUUAGCCCAGAACAAUUUUUUUCACAACACCUUGUUCCCACCCCCUGGAAGAUACAUCCUGAAAACAAUUGCAGGCUUCGGAUUCAUGCUACAAAUGUUCAUAUCAGGAGUUAUGAUUGACAUGGGAGCGAUUCGAAGAACCGGAGCUAAAUCCAUUCUUGUAGCAUUCUCAGGCUUACUCAUAUCCCUUGCCUUAGGAGCAGCAGCCUUCUUUUUUGUCCGACAAAGGGUUGAACUUGAUGAAAGUCUAUUCACCGGCAUUCGAGUUUUAAUUGUCUUCAAUUCACUAACAUUCUUCAUGGUUACCAGCAGUUUUCUGCACGAUCUCAGGAUCACCAACUCAGAGGUAGGCCGUCUGGCCGCCUCUGCAUCGUUGGUGAUCGACAUAUUCGGCCUGUUAACGUCCACGUUCGGGCUAAUUUGGUUGAAUCCAAGAGAUGAUGGACCUCCUAAAUGGAUAUCUUCUAUAAGUAUUUGUAUGUUUUACAUAACUUUGUUCUGUGUCUUCAGACCUCUGAUACUUUUCAUUGUCAGGAAAACACCUGAUGGUAGUCCUAUGAAACAGACACAUUUCUUGCUCAUUUUAGCUAUUGUAAUGUUUACUUGGCACUGGGGUGAGAGAGUUGGACAACGAUUUUCGGCUUUUUUGUUUGGGUUGUCCUUGCCUCAUGGACCACCAUUGGGGUCUGCAUUGGUGCAGAAGUUACAGCUUUUUACUUCAGGAAUACUGCUUCCUCUGUUUUGCACAAUGGCUGGUUGGAGGAUGAAUCUCUUUUCAUGGAAAGGGUUCUCUGCAGCUUGGUGUGUGGAGAUCAUUUUUAUAUCGAGUCAAUUUGGUAAGUUUUUGGGUACUGUGAUUUCUUCCAUGGCUGUUGGUGUUUCUCUUGAAGAAGCUGUUCCUGUGGGUCUUAUUAUGACUUUCAAAGGCGUUAUGGAGAUUGCCACUUUCGGCGUCUGGAUGGACCAAACGGUUUUGGAUGAUCGAUUAUAUGCAUUGGCAAUGUUCAACAUUGUGAUCUUCACAGGAGUAGCAUAUCCACUAGUACAAUGGUUGUAUGACCCUUCAGAUAAAUACAACACCAUUAGGAAAAGAAAAGUUAUGGAAUUAAGCGAUCAGGGGGCUGAUCUCCAAGUUUUAGUAUGCAUCCACAACGAAGAAAGCAUUCCGGCGAUUUUUAACCUUUUAGAAGUAUCCAAGUACAACAAAUCAGGCGGUUCUAUUUCGGUAUUUGCCCUCCAAGUGGUACAACUUUCAGGCAGUGCAAUACCCAUCCUAGCACCCCUCCACGAAUACUACAAAACAAGUAGUAAAAGCUUAGGUCUCUUCGAUCAUGUAAUCAAGGCCUUCGAACAAUUCGAGAAAGAAAGCCAAGGAUACGCAAGAGUGCAACAAUUUGUAUCCGUCACACCAAACAAAAGUGUGCAUGACGACAUAUGUUCACUUGCACAUGACAAGAGAACAAGCCUUAUAAUCAUACCCUUCCAUAAAAAAUGGGGUAUCGAUGGGAACAUUGAGUUCUCUGACCAACAACUAAGGAGCAUAAACAGAAGAGUUCUCCGCAAAUCCCCUUGUUCAGUCGGCAUCCUAAUCGAUCGAGGUGCAGCUGAUCAAUCCACUGGUGGAAUAAGCCUAUAUCGUUCGUCGAAAAGUGGGCCUCAAACAUACAUGAUAGUCAUGUUGUUCAUAGGUGGGACUGACGAUUAUGAGGCUCUAGCAUUAGCUAGGCGCAUGGCAGAGCAUCCGAGUGUAAGGCUUACUGUCAUUUGGCUACGCGUAGAGGGCUAUGAACCUGAAGUAGUUCAAGAUGUUCAAGAAGAUUUAAGAGUAAUGAGAGAUUUGCACAUAAAAGCUAAAGGACAUGACAGAAUUAGUGUAAGGGAAACAGUUGUUGAAGAUGGUAUAGGUACGACGAAAGCUCUGCUUUCUGUGCAAAAUGCUGCAGAUUUGUUUGUUGUAGGGAGAUACCAUGAACCUGAUUGUCCUGCAACUCAGGGGCUAUCGGCUUGGAGCGAUAGCCCCGAAAUCGGAGCAUUGGCUGAUACAUUAGUGUCUUCAGAUUCAAGAUUUUCUAUAUUGGUUGUGCAACAACAGCCUAGAGUUGAUUGGAAGAUUAACUCAAGACAAAGUAGGAUGGAUGAUGAUUUAGUAAGUAUAAGUAUUGAUGAUUCUCCUAAGAGUGUAAGCAUUAGAUCACGCUUUAGUUUGAGCAAGUAG